AUGCUCGACGAUGAGCUUCAAUCGGCACUCGACAGACGCGCUGCUAACGGCACCCUGAGACAACUCACAGUCUACCCCACCGCUACAUCCUCAUCCUCAUUCUCUUCCUCAUCCUCAUCCUCAUCCUCAUCGUUCGAUUUGGCUUCCUCUAAAAGACCGCUCGUCGACUUCUCAAGCAACGACUAUCUCAGCCUCGCGACUUCUUCGCGUGUUCGUGCCGACUUUGCCUCCAUGGUCACUUCCAACCCUUCGCUCUCCUCUCAACUUGGGAGUGCAGGUUCCCGACUGCUUGACGGUAACUCUUCCAUUCACGAAGCGACCGAACUCGAGCUCACCGAGCACUUUGCAUCUUCCUCCGCCGGCUUACUGUUCAACUCGGGCUAUGAAGCCAACGUUUCGCUACUAAGUACGCUACCUCAACCCAGAGACGUGGUGAUCUACGACGAACUUGUACACGCUUCUGUACACGAUGGACUACGAAGGUCACGUGUCUCCACCCAUCUUCGAAUUCCUUUCCGGCAUAAUUCGGUUGAACACUUGGAAGAGAUACUUGAGAGAUUGAUACAAGAUGGUACACUGACAGCAGCAACUAACAGCAACGCUUCAGGUGCUAGAAAUAUCUGGUUGGCGGUGGAGAGUGUUUAUUCGAUGGACGGCGAUGUGUGCCCUCUACAAUCACUGUUGGACGCCAUGUCGAGAUAUGUCGAUGACAAGCGUAUUUGCGCUAUUGUGGACGAAGCACAUUCGACAGCGCUGUAUGGUGUGCGUGGAAGGGGUCUGAUCAACGCUCUUGGCUUGCAAGCAGACAGAAGGAUCGCUGCUCGUUUGAUGACGUUUGGUAAAGCAUGGGGUGCUUCUGGGGCCAUUGUGUUGUGCAGCAAAGUGGCAAGACAUUAUCUCAUCAAUUAUGCAAGACCAUUCAUCUUCAGUACCGCGCUAGGCUACCCACAGCUCACCUCGAUUCUCGCUUCGUUCAAUUCGAUCAAGGACGGCACUGCGCAACGUGCGGCUUGCAGAACAUUUGCAAACUCCCGAAGGCUCGUUGAUGGGUUCGAAGCUGUGAUCCGAGCGCAACUAUCGGAUGCAACAAGAAGCAUUGCUUUGCCGCCCCAUCUCCGGCCCGAAACUCAACUUGAAACACAGCCCAAGCAGAAGCCGGACCAGGGAGAGGAGCACAAUCAUGACUUUGUCAGCUGGUCCAUGCAACAGCCUUCGCCCAUCAUCCCACUGCUCACAGCCGACGCUCGAGAGCUGGCGGCACAUCUGAGAGCAAAUGGUUUAUUGGCUAGGCCCAUCUGCUACCCAACGGUACCCAAAGGCGAAGAUAGAGUAAGGAUCUGUGUUCAUGCUGACAACACAGCAGAAGAUAUAGAUCGGCUCAUCGAAUGCGUUCGGAUGUGGACCGAGGAGGCUCAAGGGCAACGAAUAGGCAACGUAGUCAAUGGUCGCUCAACACUGUCAGCACCUCAGUCGCUGUCGUCCAAACUGUAA